AUGUCAUCGGCCAGCACGAGUACACAACCGGCAUGUUUACGUUGUAGAUCCAGAAAGACCAAAUGUCUAGGUAGGAAAGCCGACCAACCAUGUCAGAGCUGCGUGAGUGCGAAUGCCAAAUGUGAGGUCGUACCCCAUCAGAGGGGACGGAAAGUCGGUACGAAACUUUCGGAUAGCGUAAGAGCGAGGUUAAAGAAGAAACGGGUCAAGGUAUCUGAAGAAGAAGUGAAUAACGAUUUCAAGGACAAAGGCAAGGAUAAGGGGAAUGCGAUUCAAGUCUCUUUGGAGUUCAAGACAACCUCUUCCACCUCGUCUUCGUCCAUUCGUCCACACCAGCAUCAACAUCGUCACGAACGUGGAAUCUCCUUGGAGAAUGAUGAUGAUGGAUUGAGAUACCAAGUCAGAGCGUAUCUUCCACCCACGCCCACCUCAAGCAUACGGAUAACCUCUCAUCCCACACCCUAUCAGAGUCAGGAUACGAAGUAUAAUUAUACGGAUAUAGGUCCCUCGAUAAGGAGGACAUCGUCCAUCUCCAAAAUCUUCUCAGAGGAAAAGAGAGAUACAGCCAAGAUUGGUAGCAACACCCAAGGGUUCUCGUUGUGGAGGGAAGAUCCAAUAACGUGUGGGUAUAUUGAUGAAGUCACUGCAAAGGAGUUAUUUCAAUUGUUCAUGGACAAGAUUUCACCCAACGUAUACAUAUUCGAUCCACAAUUACAUACCUAUCAUUACGUUCAGCGCACUUCCUCUUUCCUAUUUUGCGUGAUACUAGCGAUCGCAGCCAAGUUUUCACCAAAGAUCAACUAUUUCACCCACAAGAAGUGUCUGGCUCUGGCAAAAGAUCAAAUAUUGAGAGUAUUCGCAGAUGACAUAAGGUCCGAACAGACUGUCCAAGCUCUGUUCGUCCUGACAGAAUUCAAAGAAGCGGAAAAUGAGAAUGCGUUUCUACUUCUUGGCAUGCUGAGUCGGAACAUUAGUCGGAUGGCAGUCGAUCUCGACUUAUCAUCACCUCGACCAGAUUACGAUGAAAGGCAUAAUAGGAAUCGUCAGAGGAUAUGGCUUGCUUUGUAUGUAGCCGAUAAAAGUUUCAACUACUGUGGUCAAACCGCUAAACCAAGUAUGAUGCCUGAAGAUCACUUGAUACGAUCUAGCGAAAGCUUUAUUUAUUCGCCGAUAUGCAUCGCAGUGGAUUAUCGGCUGGCCAGCAAUGUAUCUCUACGAAGGGUUCUAGCUGUCAGCAUAGAAGCUAUAGAUAAGGAUAACGAGUCUGGACCUGGCAAUUAUGGUCUGGAUCUGCGAUCGGUUUAUCAUACUUUUGAAAAAGAUUCGGAUGCUUGGGUGAAGGUACAGACACAGCGCGAUCCUGAAAUCACAAUCCAUGCUAAUCUCACAGCCUUACAUGCCAAAGUCAUUCGUUCUUUCCGUUAUUCCAACCCAGCCGGUGAUUCUACUGUAGAAGAGAACCAAGAAAGAGAAAGACGAGAAGCUUUGGCAGCUUGUAUUAAUGGUUCUUUGGGCAUAUUGGCUACAAUGUGUGUGUUAAACGAUGAUUCGUUAAGGUAUGCCCCAGAUUCCAAACACCUAUAUUUCGCAUAUGCUUCUUUCUUCCUUUACAAGGUCUUCGAUACCAAAAUUGCGUCUACCAUCCUGGAUCCUCAUUCACUCUCUUACAUAUUUGGCCUGUUCCAAAAGGCAGCAGAUAAAUUGGAACGUCUCACUAUCUCACCUACACAUACCAUCGCUUUUCACUCUGCUUUCCUAAGGCGUUUGAACAGGUUCAACAUUGAAGGAUUUCCUACUGAAACUCAGUCAUCAGCUCAGGAUGGAAUACAUGAUGAUAAUAACAACCUGGAAGACGUACAGACUGUCGCACGAGAGAUCGAUAACAUCCAAGCUCGACCUGCUUUGGCUAUACCUAUGACUGAUACACAAGACAUACACUCCACCAACAAUGAGAGCCUUACGGUCUCCGCGUUGCAACCUGCACUCGACCCGUCGUUGACUUUCUCCUUAGAUCCACUCCCAUUACCAGACUUGGGUAAUUGGUUAUUGGAAAGUACGGAUGAAUCCCUAGGAGCGAAUAUCGAUUGGAACAAUUGGUGGCCUUUUGACGAUGGUCUCUCAACAUGGAAUUUCGAUAAUGCACCUACCGACAUGAACACGAAUCUUGGAAUUUUGGAUCCUAGUGGUGGCGGCAGUGGUAAUGCUGGAUCAUUGGGUAAUGAGGACAAUGAUUGGCAAGGUAUCAUACAAACUUUGUAA